UUUGUGUGUUUACGAAUUACGAUAGGAUAAAACUUAAUAUAGGAUAGGUUAAAUGUAUUAACCUAUAAUUAUAAAUAAUAAUUAACUAACUAGUACUAGAUUAUACAUGAAAAUAGUUGAAAUAUUUAACGUACACUAAUUAAUUUGGUAUGAAUAUAAUACAAAACAUAUAAAACAUCAGUUACAAAAUGCCUACCAUAUCGGUGAAUCGCGAUGCACUAUUUGCUGCACUGGGUAGAUCCUACACUGAUGAUGAAUUUCAAGAUCUAUGUUUUGAAUUUGGACUGGAGCUUGAUGAAGUAACAACAGAAAAGCAAAUGUUGAUGAAGGAGCAGGGGGACCAAGCUAAAGUGGGUGCAGCAGUGUCUGAAGAAAUACUUUAUCGAAUAGAUAUACCAGCUAAUAGAUAUGACUUGUUGUGUCUUGAAGGCCUUGUUAAUGGUUUGUUGGUGUUUCAAGGAAAUUCACAAUAUAUUUUCAGAAAGGCUCCACCAACAUACAAGCUCAAAAAGUAUGAGGAUUGUUAUUCGCUUCAUCUAACUCCGGCUACAUUACAAAUAAGACCUUUUGCAGUAGCUGCAAUCCUCAGAAAUAUUACAUUUACUAAAGAGAGUUACAACAGCUUCAUAGACUUGCAGGACAAACUUCAUCAAAAUAUUUGUAGAAAGAGAUCUCUGGUAGCUAUUGGUACUCAUGACUUAGACACUAUUAAAGGACCGUUUGUUUAUGAUGCUCUUCCUCCAAGUGAAAUUCAGUUUAAAGCACUUAAUCAACAGCAGGAAAUGACAGCGACGCAACUAAUGGAAUUAUAUUCCAAUCAUGCGCAGUUGAAACAAUACUUAGGAAUAAUUCGUGAUAGCCCAGUAUAUCCUGUAAUCAAAGACAAAAAUGGUGUAACACUUUCCAUGCCUCCAAUUAUCAACGGUGAUCAUUCUAAAAUAACACUGAAUACGAAAAAUGUCUUCAUUGAGUGUACUGCCACAGAUCUUACGAAGGCAACUGUAGUUCUAGACACAAUAGUGUGCAUGUUCUCGGAGUAUUGUGGAGAUAAGUAUGAAGUUCAGCAGUGUAAGGUGUUUGCACCGGAUGGAACCUACGAACUGUAUCCUAAACUUCAGUACAGGGAGGAGGUCAUUAACGUUGAGAAGGCCAAUAGUUAUAUUGGGAUCCAAGAGAAUGGCGAUAAGCUGGCGGGAUUAUUGUCUCGGAUGUGUCUCACAUCGGCACACGAGGAGUCCCUGCUGCGGGUGAAGGUUCCUCCGACCAGACAUGAUGUGAUACACGCCUGUGACCUCUACGAAGAUAUCGCCAUUGCUUACGGGUACAACAACAUAGCACGUCGCGAGCCGAGCGUCGUGUGCGCGGGACGACAACAACCAAUCAACAAGCUGACGGAACAACUGCGGCACGAGUGUGCGCACGCCGGCUUCACCGAGGCCCUCACCUUUACUCUGUGUUCAAGAGAAGACAUUGCUACUAAACUUGGACGCACAAUAGACCAAGUACCUGCAGCCCAUAUAUCUAACCCCAAGACGUUAGAAUUUCAAGUUGUCAGAACCGAGUUAUUACCGGGACUUUUAAAGACCUUAGCUGCCAAUAAGAAAAUGCCAUUGCCACUGAAAAUCUUUGAAAUAAGUGAUGUUGUUUUGAAAGACAAUAAUGUUGAGACGGGGGCUCGCAACGAGCGUCGCUUAUGUGCUGUAUACAGCGGCCGCUCGGGCGGGUUUCAGUUCGUGCACGGUCUGCUUGACCGGCUCAUGACGUUGCUCGGCCAGCCAUGGAGCAACACACAAGGAUACUGUCUGAGACAGUGCUCAGAUGGUGCAUACUUUCCUGGCCGAUGUGCAGAAGUAUUUCUGAAAGGUGAUGUCAUUGGCAAGAUAGGUGUAAUCCACCCGGACGUGCUUGCUGCUUUUGACCUUACAAACCCGUGCUCUGCAGUUGAGAUUAAUGUUGAACCACUUUUGUGAAACCAUAUUGUUUUAAAAAAUAAUUCUCUGCGAAUUUUGCAUAGGUAACUAAGUGUAAAAUAUAUACAUAUGUUAAACAAGAUGAUUGGGCUUGUAUUUAAAUAGGUUUCUAUUAAAUUAUCUUUCUAUU